AUGCACACAAGCAUAAGGGAGAAAAACUGGGACGAGAGCGGCGGGUGCGCGGAGAAGCAGCAGGGUCGUCGGAGGCGCUGCGCAUGGAAGAAGGCUCGCCGUGGGCCUACUGGUCGUGGCAGAGGGUCGCGGCGCGACGGGGUCGCUGCAGAGGAGUCGCGGCGUGGCGGGGUCGCGGCAGAGGAGUCGCGACGACGGUGGAUGCUUGCGGAUGUGCUGCUCGCGGAGGAUGGCAGCGGUGAUCGCGCGUCAGAGAAGAAAGAGGCGAUCGUAUUAAGCGAGAGGGAGAACAGGCCGUCGCGGGCCUCCGUUGCCCGCCGCCAGCCGCAAUGCAGGAGACUCCGGUUGUGCUUCCAUCGUGCCUCGGCAACCAGUCUCGUCGGCGUCCUCCCGCUAACAUCCUCAGCAUUGGUCGUCGCUCCGUUCAUCGAGCUCACCUGCGGCGGCACCGCUCUCGUAAGAGGCGCCAAUAAGGGCAGAGGCCGAGGCGGCCUCGUGACUCCUGACAGACUGAUAAGGAAGUUCAGAGAUGAGUCUACGUCACCAGAGUACAUGUCGACGCCGCCCAAGGGUUUAUGCGAUUUGAGGCUGAUCUCGGUCCAUGUCUCGGUGGCGGUGGGGGUGGCUUGA